GGUAAAGACCAGUACGUUUGGUGCAGCACCAUGAAUAAGACAGACCGGAGAAAUUGUUCCCAAAUCCAAAUGUUACUUAUAUGGUUCAUCAUAUCAUUUGUAGCAAAUUCUACCUUUAUGCUCCCCAAAAAACUAGUGUUUCCUUCAUGCCCCCCGACCAUGGAUGAAAAAGGGACAGCGUAAUGUACGCUAAAAAACCGCUGCAGUAAACGGAGAAUAACAUCAGUAAUUGUUGCAGUGGUCUUGAUCAAAUGUUCCUCAUUUUCGUCCUCUAAACCACAUAUCCUGUUAAGAGUUGCAGCACCGGCGGUUAGUGGGUGAAAGGCAGGUUUCAGGCGGUCUACCUCAACUGUAAGUGCUUUUCCUUCUUCACCUUUUUCAGCCUAGUUCUUUCAAAUCUAGACUUUACUGCUGUUAAAUGUGCUACAGGCUUCACCAGUGUCCUCCAUCACCUCAGCUACUGUAUGAGAACACCAUCUCCACCAGGGUAUUGGGGUGACCUGCUUUGUACCACCAACUUAAUCUAAAUCCUUUUGAAAUGCUACACUUAAAAACCUAAAAUAAUGCACACUGGAGCAUCAAGAAGCGGCCGAACAGACGCUAUGAUGCCAUUUCACCACUGUGCUGUGAUCUUACACACAGUUUCCACAUAAGGAAAAAUAUGCUCAUGAGCAUGUGGUCUAGAGACCAUAGAGUUCUUGAGAGAUGUCAAAAUGUAGACAGACACAUGAAUACUGCCUCUGAGAGCCAAAUCUGAGGAAUAAGGACCCGCGCAGCCUGACCUCAUGGGGUCAAGCUGGAACAACACACCACCGCCAUCAGGCCUGGCAGCCAGGGCGCUCCUACUACGCUGCAGGGCGACUUUUAGGAACGAGGCCAGAUGCAUCCCUGCUAGUUAAGCCCUGUGAGAACGUGUUCAUCACCGCAGGCAGGAAGCUCAUCUACACGGGCUGAACAGUGGGGCUCCAACCUCAGCGAGCCUUCACCCCUACGCUCCCGCUGGGACAAUUAAUCAAACAGCACUCCUGUUGACAUCAUGGCCAAAGCUUUGGUUGGAAGACGAAGGGAUCUUCAUCUGUUCAAUUAUCAGAUCAGGUGAAAUAGAGUUUGUCUAUCUGAAUGAAAUCUGACGAGAAGUUCACAUUUGUGUCCUGACACUGGCUGAGCCUCGCACGCAUCCAUGUUCACUACCUUCAGGCCUAACGCCCGUGCACAACAGCACCAGAAGCAAUUCCCAAGAAUGUCUUUCCGUGAAAUCGGAAGCAAAGGUAGGAAGCUCCUCGUGUACAGACCAAAUGGGAAAGGGGCAAAUAGGAAUUUCAAAUCAUCGAAGGAAAAAACAACAGACCCUCCUAAAAUACUUCUGUGUCCGUCUGCACAAAUAAACAAUAAUGUGUGGUGUACUCUAGAGGUCGUGAGCCCCUGGCCAGGAAGUGGAGGAAGAACAGCAGAUAAGAGAUCAUCAAGCCUCUGCAUAAUUAAAACAGAAUGGUCAGCCUUAUCACAUUAAAUCUCCUGGCAUGCCAAGGUGGAAUUACUAGAUGCUAAUCGCGCUGAUGGUGAAACUCCCCCGUGGUGACACACAGAUUAAUAUUUGUGAUUGCUUUGAUGACGACUAUUUACAAAGCCAGGCGACUUCAGAGCGCAUGAAUAGAAGCCGUUUGACACUGAGCUGAGGACACGGAGUCCUGCUGUGCAGCCUCACCUGUUCUCACCUCAUGCUAAUCGCUAGGUAGCGUUUGAGCUGUGGUCCAGCGAGGCCUGAGGGUUCGUCCUGCUCCUUUUACGCCUCUUCACACCAGCACCUCCUUCCAUCUACUGCAUUUAUCUCUUUCCUUUUUCCUGCUGGGAGCUUUUGUCUUGUGUAAAGUUGUGAUGCUUUGACUCACUCACACACACACAGUUAACCUUGUUUGCUUGGCUUCUAUGCACUGUUGUGUUGAGGGAGUGUCCUUCACGUUUUCUGCUCCACUGCAUCAGUAACAGACAAAGACGCUAGAGGAGCAAGAAGCGUCUCAGCAGAUGCACCAGGGUGUGCGAUGGUUUGGUCUGAGCGACAGAUGCCGAUGGUCCCCGCUGACAGUCCACGUGUCAAAGGUGGAGCUGUUGUGUUGGGAUCAAUAUCACGUUGUGAGACCACAGCUCCUGCUUGGUGGCCGGAGGCAGCGGUUCCACACUUGGCCUUUAGGCUGUUUGGAUGGGCUGUCGUUCAGCGGCGUGGUGACGUCCACCUCUGCAGCGUGGCGCGUGUUGCCGGUCGCAUCGUAAGGGUGGAGAAGUGCUGACAUGGCGCUGUUGUGUCAACACUGCAGCAAGAGGGUACCUGGAAAGUUCCACAACAGACCAGCUUUGACCAAAAUGGAAAGCAUCCAUGACGACAGUGGUGCGAUAAUGCAAAGCAGCGCGGGGCUCAUAGACGACCGCCGCCGCCUUUAAGGGUGGCAGGAGGUGAUUUCUCAUUUGGGGCAACGGGCCUCGAUGUGGCAGAUCCAUUGGCCGCUCACAUCAGAAGCCCAUUGACUGGAGCCGACAGAUUGGGGCAAAGAGAUCAAAUGUGCUGUAAAGAAGUGUUAAACUGCUGUGGGUGGGUUUGUGGGCUCAAAGGGACCAUCUGGUGGCACUGUAGCUGUGCUGGCCUGCAGGCUUGGUACCGCUGAACAGGGUGGGUCCAGACCAGAGGCGGUGCCGUCAGUUGAGCGACGUACGACGACGUCUGCGCAGCGACACUGAAGCUGAUGUUUUAACAGUUGACCUGUGUGUCUGUGUGUGUGAGGUGUCACCAGGGUCACUGCCUCAGCCAUUUACCGUCAACUGCAAAUGAAGUGUAAAUAAAUAUUGGCCUUUAGCAGAGGGCAGUCCUAGAAGCUCUGUGUUCAUGGGGGUUACAAUAAUCCUCUUGUGUUUUGGAAAUAAUAAGUUUCAACAAUUUGCUGGUGUAAGUGUUUAGAGUAAAUGUGUUUUGAGUCUGUCCAUCUGUUAAACGCGAAAAAGCCAUGACUGACAGCAACUAAAGCAGCAGUUUCGUUCAGUUAUGUGUGUUUUCCAGAAAAUGUGUUUUAAACAACUAUAACUUGCGAAGGAUGCUGAGAUUCUGGAAACCAGGCCACAAUGAGGCUCCUCAUUUGUUGCCUGAUAAGACCGAGCGCGGAGGGACUUUCAUACCCAACCGUCUCACAGUCAGAAUGUUAUUUUUAGUGUUUGGUGCCAGUUAAAAUCCCAUUAAACCAUCUCACAAAACAGUGUCACAAAGAAAAAUGAGGAUCUGCACCAGGCUGCAGAUGGAACUGUCUGUUUCCAAGGCUGUGUUUAUGGAGCAACAGCAGAAAAGGCUGUUUGCAUUGGCCUCAUGAGGACUGAAUGUCAGUCUAUUGAUACACACACAAAGAAAUAUAAGAAAUGAUCAAAUCAGGAGAUUAUAGUCUGGAGAGCAUCAUCAGACAGACAUUUCUCCAUAACCCGUCAGAUCAUGUUUUCCUUCAUGCCGCACCAAGACGUUCCCAUCCAAGCGUGUAAAGCUUUACAGUGAACUGUAACCUGAGCCUCAGGACAACCUUACCCCCUGCCCAUCAAAUAUUAAAGCGCGUGGAUGCUGUGAUGUUUAUGAACCUGCACCGAGUUCUGCUGCAACAAAAGACCGACGUGGCUUUGGAUUCCACAGAAACCAGUGAGAGGCUUCAGUGCAGUCACUUCAUAGAGAAGCCACAACCACUGAUCCAGGAUCUGUGAUUCAGUGGUGGAAAUGGCUGUGACAAGUCUGCUGUGUCUAUCAGCUGUGAUACAGACUCAACAGCCCAUUGUCUCUGCCCUGUAGUGGGAUGGGGAACCUUUAAGUCAAAGGUGAGGGUUUAGAGAUGAAGUCAUCGCUGCAGGAGAGCAGUUGAGGGAACGGCUCCUGAAUCCUGUUCCCUCACUGUAACUCCUGCAGACGUUGGCCUGCUGCAGGCGUGAUAAAGGUAACAAUGCCCGAGCCCAGCAGGACUUUACAUGUGAUAUGCACCUAUACGGUGUCACAGCCGCCUUUAUGUACUGUUUAGACUCCAUUUUCUUUCCCUUCUUGGAAGAAAAAUACACUUGAAAGGAGACGAAGCGUUUUCAGUUGGCAGCAGUGGAAGUUAUUUCAACAAACACGUAGGAUACGAUCUUCUCUUUAAUUUAUAUGGGCUUCCAGUUGAGUUACGGGGCGCUGUGAGUUAUGACGCUAAAUAAUGGCUGCGUGCUUGCGCUUGUUAUGGCGUUUGUCUAAAGCAUAAUAAACAGUCACUUUAGUAAAUACACUGCGCGUUGGUGCGUCUGCGCGCCGGCCCCAACGACGCUCAGCUCUGAAAACAAUCACGUCAAUUCAGGGCAUGUGGAACAAAUGUUUCCCAUGAAACACAAUUACAGUGAUGUUUAUCUCCAGCAGCUUUAUUUUAGCGGUGGAUUUUCUGUUCAGUAAAUGCUGAGUUUUUCUCCAGACGCGUAAAGACGCACAGUCAGUGGCUCCAAGGGACAAAACGGAACGGUUUCCCAGAGGUUCGUUCUGCCUAAGAACAAUGUGACGCCCGUUUAGCCGAAAACCACAGUAACACAAUAAAACGAGUUGGAUCUGGUUUGGCAGUGGCCAGUUUGUGUCGUUGGAGGAUUCAUUUUGCAAGUGCACAACGCGCCGCGUCCAGUCGGAGCAAAAGAAGGUGGAGGAGCGAGUGGGCGGCGUCUGGAGCGGCAGAGUCCGGAUAACGACCCCUCGGCCGUAUAUAAGCGCUUCACGGGACGCACUACGCGCUGAUGCUCCGCCACAUGCUCGCAUCACUGUUGACAGCACCAGUGUGGUAUCAGCAGAGCAGAGUCCAACAACAAGCAGCCGGCACAAUGGAUGGGCAACAUAAAGACCGCAGAAUGACUCACUUGUGGAUAUUGACGUUAAUGAUAUUAGUCUAAUAAUCUACAGUACUGGAUAACUCGGUCUUUUCCAACUUCUUCUGGAUACGGAUUGCGGAGCUGGAUCUCGUCCCAUAGGCUUUGGAAGACGGAUUAUAUUUAUUCUGAUCGCUGUUUGUCUCCAUCCCGCUGUUUCCAUCAUCUCUUGGAAUAGGAGCGUUUUGUAGGAGGGCAACCUGAUUUUUCAAGGAUACGCACUUCAAACUCUAAAGGAUGGCCGUUUGGUUCACCUCUAUCCUCGCAAUAGUUAUAACGUUAUUUACUCAGGUUUUGGGAUCAGGUGUGUUCGAAUUAGAACUCCAUCACUUUCAAAAUAGUCAAGGUUUGCUGGCGAACGGACAGAGCUGCGGAAUGGGCGGCUGCAGGACCUUUUUCACGGUGUGUUUGAAGAACUUUCAGACGGAGGUGUCUCGUGGAGACUGUGUGUUUGGCAGCGUCACCACACCUGUUCUGGGCACCGACUCCUUCAGCAUCCAACAGGACGCCCGGCUGCGUCUGCCGCUCAAGUACACGUGGCCGGGCGCCUUCUCAUUAAUCAUCGAAGCCUGGUUUUCUCCUGAAGCGGACCCACCUGAAGGCUCCACCAGGCCGGACUCGCUGAUCAGCUCCUUCUCCAUCCAGAGGCAGCUGAGCACCGGACACGACUGGUCCGAGGAGGCGCAGAGCGGGGCGCGCGCGGCGCUCAGGUUCUCCUACCGGCUCAUCUGCCAAGAAAACUACUACGGGGACACGUGUUCCAAAAUAUGCGCUCCGAGAGACGACCACUUCGGCCACUACACCUGCAGACCUGACGGAGAGAGAGCGUGCGUGGCGGGGUGGAAGGGCGACUACUGCGACGAACCCAUUUGUCUUGAGGGCUGCAAUGAAAAGAAUGGGAACUGCACGUUACCUGGAGAGUGCAAUUGCAGGAAGGGCUGGCAGGGACUCUUCUGUGAUGUGUGUAAACCCCAUCCGUUGUGUAAACAUGGUACCUGUGAAGAUAAGUGGCAGUGCACCUGCACGGAGGGCUGGGGAGGCAUGUACUGCGACCAAGACCUGAACUACUGCACCCAUCACAAGCCCUGCGCCAACGGGGCCACGUGUCUGAACACGGGCCACGGCAGCUACACCUGCGCCUGCCUGCCGGGCUUCACCGGCGUCAACUGUGAGUCCGCGGUGCGCGAGUGCGACCGGCGGCCCUGUCACAACGGAGGCCGGUGCCUGGACUCCGACAGCGGCUACCAGUGCGCGUGUCCAAAGGGGUUCGAGGGGCCUCGGUGCGAACACAAGAUGCUAACGUGCGCGGAGAUGCCCUGCUUCCACGGCGGCACCUGCCGAGAAACGGACAACGGCCACAACUACCUGUGCGAGUGUCCGGCAGGUUACACCGGACUGAACUGUGAGAAGAGAACGGACCGCUGCACGGUGCUGCAGUGCGCUAACGGUGGACACUGCGUGAGCCACGGCGGCGUCCGGCUCUGCAGCUGCCGCUCCGGCUUCUCGGGGCCGCGCUGCGAGGUCAACGUGGACGAGUGCGCCUCGGGCCCCUGCGCCAACGGCUCCACCUGCAUCGACCGCAUUAACGACUACUCGUGCACGUGUCCCCCGGGGACCACGGGCCGCCGCUGCGACCGGCCCGCGGACCCCUGCGCCGCCCGGCCCUGCCUGAACGGGGGCACCUGCACCGUGGGGGCCCAGGGCCGGCCCGCCUGCGCCUGCCCGGCCCCCUAUGACGGCCCCCAGUGCCAGUCCGCCCACUUGGACCCCGCCCCCAGGGACGGGAUGAGCCUGGCGGCCGUCAGCCUGGGGGUGGGCGCCGUGGCGGCGCUGCUGCUCCUGUGCAUGGUCGCGGUGGCGGUGCGUCGCGUCAGGAGGCAGAGAAGCCAACAGAGAGACUCUGAGAAGAUGAACAACGUCUCCAAGGCGGACUUCCAGAAGGAGAACCUCAUCUCUGCGUCGGAGCUCAAGAACACCAAUAAAAUGAUCGAUUCGGUGGAUUGUCCCAGCAACAAGUCCAAUCACAAACCGCUCAACCACUACCAGCUGGACUAUAAAACCCGCUCAGGCUACAAGGACGAGCCGUCCGUCCUGGACAAGGAGGAAAACUGUGAAAAGCCAAUGGAGAAAACAAAGCAAUUUAGCAAAACAUAUAGUGAAAGGCCAGAGUGUCAGAUAUCAACCAUAUGUUCCUCCAGAGACUCGAUGUACCAGUCUGUCUUCGUAAUAGAAGAGGAGAAGAACGAAUGCAUCAUCGCAACCGAGGUAUAAUAAAUAGAAGCUGUCCCUGGUCAACAUUUGAUUUUCUGUGGACUGUUUACACGUGUGGAGAGACUGGGAUUUAUUUAAAUGCAAGUUGCUGCUCUUGAAAACUUGAUAACUGGACGGAGCUGGAGUGCUCCUCGAACGCAAUAGGACUAAAGCUACUCAACGUUUUGAGAAUGUAAAGACUGAAGCCAGACCGACUCGGUUCCGAACCCCCGUCGGCGCCAGGAUCCGUGCCCCUCGCCGCCUUCCUGCAGUGAUGAGCAAUCAACCAAUCAGCUCAUGGGCUGCGAACCCGCGGAGGGCGACGCGCCUCCGUCCUCGGAGGCCCGCGACGUGCUAUGCAAAGAAAAAUCAACACUGUGCUCGAUCGACAAGCGACAACAACUACUGAAAACGGUUCAUUUGUGAAUGAAGUUGGUGGGUGAUCACUUUGUAAAUUGAAUCGCGUUUAUAAAGAAUGUAUGCAGCCUAGAUCCCAAUGCCUUAUACAUGUUUAGGAGAAUAACAUGGAGCCCCGCCUUAUCUUGAUUCCUUUGCACAGCAACAUGGAGGUAGUAGAACGUACCAGAACACACAGGAUGCUAUAGCGCGUGCAGGGAGAGCGUGAUGAGGCCUUGCUUGUCUUAUGCAAGGUCACCUUUACAUGACGACAAAGAAAGACUAUCGCACCAAGGACGCCUUUAAAGGAAAUUACUGAACCAAUAAUGUAAGAUUAGUAAUUCAUUAGUAAUUUAAGAUUAUGAAGCACUGAUCUUUCUCUUUCUAUGUUUUAUAAGAUUAUUUUGUAUAUACUGUAUAUUUAUAUGUUAAGAUUAGAAGUAUGAAUUGUUUUUUUUAAGUUUAUGCCCCAAAAAGGUGAAUUUAUUUUUAAAAUGUUGUUAGUGUUUUAAUUUUAUUUUUUGUUUUCUUUUUGCUAUAAAACGAGAUACAAUGAAUACAUGUCUGGUACACUGUUUGUUUGUUGGUCUUCCAUGGUUGAGUGUACACGUGCUCAGAUAAAGGUCGUAGUGAAUUUCAAUGUCGGAGUCCUUAUUUGCGUCAGCUGGUUUUUAAAGCAGCGUCAUCGUCGAUGGAAUGAAUGGCACCAAUCAGUCAGUGGAAACUAGCGACGUUAUGAGAAGAUACUCCGACGAGACUUAUAUUUAAACAUUGUGUGUGAAAAUAAAGAAUCCUUGUGCUCUCUC